GAGAGGAAGAAGAAGAAAAGGGUCUGAAGCUGAUGGAGUAUCGAUGUGUGGAAUGUGGAGCAAGAAUGAUGAGGCUUUUCGUUCAAUACUCACCCGGAAACAUUCGACUCAUGAAAUGCGGUAAUUGCAAGGCAGUUGCGGACGAGUACAUCGAGUGCGAGCCCAUAAUUAUUCUGAUUGAUUUGAUUCUGCACAAGAAGAAAGCUUAUACCCAUUUGCUAUAUAAUGUGAUCGACCCUCAAGCUCCCGCCUUUCAGGGUUUGUUGUGGAAGUCAGCUUUGGGGUUUCUUCUUUUGGAUGUUUAUAGGAGUCUCUUUCUGGAAAGGACCAAGGAAGAAUGGGGUUUGUCUAUGAGCUUUGCUUCAUUGCUUUGGAGUUUUCAAAAUAUGCUCAUGGAUGUUGUCUUUGGGAAUUUCUUGUUUGUUUCUACCUUUCUGCUUGCUACGAGGGCUCUUUUCAGUACAUUCUGUAGAUCACUCGGGUACAAGGACCUUCUGCUGGCAAUACUUAUUUCAAGUUACUUCAAGAUGUUUCUAAUUGCAAUGAUGGUCUGGGAAUGUCCUUCUGUGAUUUUGAUCAUUGAUUUAUUUGUAUUAUCGUCCAACACUGUGGCACUCAAAGUGAUAACUCGGUCAGCUAUGAGUAGAUGUAUAGCAGCCUGCUUCAGUGCUCAUGUUGUUAAGUUUUUAGUAACACAAAGGUGCUGGACUUGGGAACUUUGAGAUUUUCCUGACAUAUUGGUCGUUAUAGGAGAGAACUUCUAUCGGUGUUGUGUCUGAAAUCUCUUUCUUUGAGAAAGGCGGCAUUUUUGAAAAUUGUUUUUGUUGUUCCUGCAAAGGAAGAGGCAGUGACAGAUAAUUAAUGUGAGUGCUGUAUUAUAUAUGAUGUAGUAAACAUAUAACUUGUUUCAGUGAUGAAAUCAAUUUGUGAU